AUGGGUGCGAAGAGUAAAGACGGGUGCGAUACGCCGGCGUGUUCAUCCAAGGACGAUAUGAUGAGAAUGAUGCGCGCAGUCGUGCGUGAGCGCACAACAACCUCUAAAUCUGAAUUAGGGGAAAAUCUAGCUUCUUCUUCUUCAUCUGCAACAGAAACAGCGCGUGAUAAGAAAGAGAACGAUGCUGCGAGAGUUCAAAAAGCCACGGUUGGAAGGGAAGAAGAAGAGGAGCGCAUUCUUAACGCUACUAUUGCGACGUGUCCUCUGAGCAGAGAAGAUUUAGGAACCGGGACGUGGGGACUUUUGCACACAAUAGCAGCUCAUUUCCCAGAGAAGCCUUCAACUGUAGAAAAAGUGCAAGCGAGAAGGUUCUUCGACGCGCUCGGCGAUUUGUACCCGUGUACCGUAUGCAAAGAAGAUUUUAGACGGGACAUAGACGAACAUCCACCAGAUGUAUCUUCUAGAGAAGCGCUGAGUGCUUGGGUUUGCGAGAGACACAACGAGGUGAAUGCAAAACUCGGGAAGCCGACGCUUGGUUGCGCGUUGAAAACGCUAGACAAACGAUGGAAGAAUGGUGGCGCGAGGUGCGGUGGAUCAACGCCGAGCGAAUAG